AUGAAAACUUCAAAUGUUUUUGUUAAAGACAAAAUCAAAGACAAAACAAUAAAACAAUCCGCUCGAGAUCUCCAAAUGGCAUCGCCCAACUCACCUCAGCACGAGCCACAAGCGAGGCAUACCAACGACCGCCCGGCUUCAAGAACCCCUCCACUCAAAAACACAACCACAGAAAGCAUCACCUCAAUAGGAUUCAAGAUCUUCACAUUGAAGAUCCCAGAGGAGAAUUCUUAUCCCCUCCCACCCCUCCUAACUCUCCCUCCUGAAAUCUUCCGCCAAAUCUACACCUACGUCCUCGUCCCUCCCACCUCACGCUGGGAAACGCGCCACAAAACAUUCUGUGAGCAUCGGGAUCGAACGGGUGUUAGCGAGAACCCGCCUUUCACGUUGAAAAUUUGGUGUCAGGAUCCUGCGUGCAAGAGACAUGUGUAUCGGGAAGAGCAGCGGAGACAUGAUAUGUGUGGGUGUGCGAGGGGAGAGGGGGCGGGGUUGUUGAGGGUGUGUAGGGUGGUGUAUGAGGGUGCGAGGCGUGUUUUUUGGGGGGCGAGGAGGUGGGGUUUUGAUGAUGGAUAUCAAUUCGUCAAGUUCUGCGACAAAAUACAGCCGGAGUCCAGAAAGUUAAUCCAAAAUGUUGAGAUCGUAGGUAGUGGAGCCUGGGAUGGAAGUGCCUUUGACAACACCGGACCUCGGUUUACUGGCACUCUCAUCUGGGAUUCUUUGAUGAAAUUGGAGUGUCUUAAAACUUUGAUAAUUCGUCAAGAUCACAUUGAAAACCACUGCAGCAGAAUCGUAGCAUUAUGGGCUCUUCACCCCGAUCUGACGAUUAAAAUGGCAAUUAGUCUCCGGGUCAUGCCCUAUGAUUGCACAAUACCUAAACUCAAAGACGUAUGGAUCAUCGUUCUCGCUGAUUUGAAGAAAACAAAAGAAUGGGGCCCGCUCCGUGAUCAAGCGAGACGGUUCAUGUAUGACAGUAUCGUGGAGAAGUGUAGGAAGGAAGUGGAAACCCAGCUUACAGAGGUAUUAGAGCAGAGACCGAAGGCUGUAGAUGAGAGAUUGAAUCCAGUAACGCUUCCGGGCGGUCUAGUGCCGGGAGUGGAGGAGGUGAUGGUGUUAGGCUUGCCUAGUUGUACGAAGGAGAGGUUGAGGAUGUGGAAGGAGGAGAUUAGAGAUGAUGAGGUGCGCAAGGAGAGGGGAGAGUUGACGAGAAAGGAAGAGGAGGUGAGGGUUACGGUUGAGAGGAGGGAGCGGGGACGGAGAGUGCGGGCUGAGAGGGAGGCGGAGGACGAGCAGAAGCAGAGAAGGGCGGCGAAAGAGAGUAAUAGAAGGACCGCCGAGAGCAGAGAAAAGGAAGAGGAAGAGGAGAGGAAGGCAGACAGAGAAAGGAAAGAGAGAAGGAAUAUCAGAAGAUUAGAGGAGGUGAAGAAGAAGGAGAGGAAGAGAGUUCCUGAUGGAUGA